AUGGACAGCAGCAGUGAGCAGCUGGGAGGAGGCGAGGACGAGGCGACCUGCACGUCAGCCUCUGAGGGUCUGGAGGAGGGGGAGGUGGAGGGGGAGACCCUGCUGAUCGUGGAGUCGGAGGAUCAGGGUUCGGUGGAUCUGUCACACGACCAGAGCGGAGACUCUCUGACCAGCGACGUGGGCGAGGAGGCUGACGGAGGCUGGGCCUGCGAGGACAUGUCCUUCUACUGCGACCGCUGCCACAAGUGGGUCCCUGCAGCUCAGCUUCAUGGUGAACAACCCAGCUACCUGAAAGGAGACAACUUCUUUAAGUUUGUGUGCUGCGACUGUUCAGAGGACGACAAGGAGAGCUUCGAGAGGAUGAGACUCACCUGGCAACAGGUGGUGAUGUUGGCCAUGUACAACCUGUCUCUGGAGGGAACGGGUCGCCAGGGUUACUUCAGGUGGAAAGAGGAUAUCUGCGCUUUCAUUGGCCGACACUGGAACUUCCUCCUAGGAACCAGGAAGAAGACGUCGACGUGGUGGAGCACGGUGGCGGGCUGUCUGUCCGUCGGCAGUCCCACCUUCUUCCGCUCGGGAGCGCAGGAGUUCGGCGAGCCCGGCUGGUGGAAGCUGGUCCAGAACCGACCUCCGACUCUGAGACCUGAGGUGGACAAAUCCACUACCAAGACUAAAGCCACCAAGCCCGCCGUGGACCCGAUCAUCACCGUGGAGGGUCUGAGGAAGCGUGGCGCCAGGAACCCGGUGGAGAACGCCAUGCAGCUGAAGGAAAAACGCUCCCGCACACAGGAGGCCAAAGACAUCCGGCGGGCUCAGAAGGAGGCGGUGGGAGGCUACACCGAUCGCAGUGCCUCCUCCACGCCGGUCAAACUGGGCGGAGGCCGCGGGGGCAGCACUGGACGCCGGCCCGACCUCGUCCUGGAGAAAGGGGAGGUCAUAGACUUCUCCUCCCUCAGCUCUUCAGACCGAACACCGCUCACCAGCCCGUCACCGUCACCUUCACCUGACUUCUCCGCCCCGGGAACGCCAGCUUCUCAUUCAGCGACACCCAGCCUGCUGUCAGAGGCGGACCUCAUCCCUGACGCCAUGCCGCCGCAGGCGCUGUUCCACGACGAUGAGGAGAUGGAGACGGAGGGAAUGAUUGACCCCGGGAUGGAGUACAUCCCUCCUCCCAGCGCCAACCUGGCCGCCCGCAAGAAGCUCCACAUAGCCCCCCCUCACAUUAAACGUGAGGCAGUGAGCGAGGACGAUGAAGGCCGCGACCGCGAAGACGACUUUGAAGAGCCAGUUGGACGAGGUGAAGGUCCGUCUCUCUCCACUGGGGGGUGUGUUGGUGCCGGAGGACCCGAGCGGAGGAGGAUAACUCAUCCUGAGAAAGCCGGCGGUGCCGGCGGCGUCUCCCAGACUCCUCGCUUCGCCCUGCUCAGUCUGUACGAGGAGAGGAUGCUGCUGCGACGGCUGGACGCCUGCCCGCUGGCCUUGGCCGUCACUCCGCAGGCCAAACGCCUCCACAGGAAACUGUUGGUCCGCCAGGCCAAGAGGCAGAGAGGGCUCCCGCUGUUGGACAUUGACCGGGCCGUCAGCGCCACCCUCAGCCUGGUGGGAGGGAUCUACGGCGCCCAGGAGGGCGGGACACUGCGAGGGGGAAUCAUAGGCAAAUACUGCACCAACAGCCAGGAGCUGCGUAUCCUCGAUCGCUUCCAGACCAACCUCUCUAACAGGCGGGUCCAACAGCACUCGGUCUCCUUCUGGCAUCGUCUCAUGGGGGCAGAGGGCAGUUUGGACCGGAGCAUCAAGAGUCCGUACACGUCCCGACUCCUGAAACCCUACAUCAGGAGGGAUUAUGAGAGUCGUCCGGUGAAGUUGAGGUUGUUGGCAGAGAUCCGGUCGUACCCUCACAGGAAGAACCCCGACUGGGUCCCUGAACCCAACGCCCCCAUUGAUUACUGCUACGUCCGUCCCAACCACAUCCGAUCAGUGAACGCCAUGUGUCACGACAGCUUUUGGCCAGGUGUGGACCUGUCCGAGUGUCUCCAGUACCCGGACUUCAGCGUGGUCGUCCUCUAUAAGAAAGUCGUAGUCGGCUUUGGUUUCAUGGUUCCGGACGUGAAGUACAACGAGGCCUACAUCUCCUUCCUGCUGGUCCAUCCUGAGUGGAGGAGAGCCGGCAUCGGUACCUUCAUGAUCUACCAUCUGAUCCAGACGUGUAUGGGGAAAGACGUGACGCUACACGUGUCGGCCAGUAAUCCCGCCAUGCUGCUGUAUCAGAAGUUCGGGUUCAAAGCGGAGGAAUACAUCCUGGACUUCUACGAUAAAUAUUAUCCUGUAGACAGCAGCGAGUGCCGCCACGCCUUCUUCCUCCGACUCAGGCGCUGAGUCUGCAGCACGGUGCCUUGCUCCAGGGCACCUGGACAAAAAAGCUGCUGCAGACAGACAGACAGACGCUGUCUGUCUGAAUGUUUCCACAGCGAGAAAACGACAGGUUGUUUCCUGUUUAUCAACUGAACACAAAGAAACUUUAAAAUCAUCCAACUGUUGAUUUUAUCCUACGAACUUAUAAAUGGAAAUUAAAAUACGUUUGUGACUCAUUUCUGUGUGAGUGUGAGUGUGCGUGAGUGUGCGAGUGUUAGGGCUGGGCGAUAUAGCUUAAAAAUAAAAUCUCUGACCUAUGGGAGCCCAAAGGGAGCGCCGGUGUUGUGGAAGUUCAAGAGAAAACCGAUUUUAACUAAAAUUGUGUUUAACUACUAAUUCGAAUUAAUCAAUAAAAUCAAUAUAUCGCCCAGCCCUAGUGUGUGUGUGUGUGUGUGUGUGAGUGAGUGUGUGUUUGUGAGUGUGUACGUACAGAAACAGUUUAAUAUCUAUAGAGCAGGUCUAGACCGAACUCCUUAUGACAUUAUUUACAGAGACCCAACAGUACUACCAUGAUUAAGACCUUGGAGACAGCAGCAAGGAAAUACUGCCGUUAAGAGGCAGAAACGUAUUGAUUAACGAGGUUCCGUGUAUGAAGUUGUAUUUUCGGUCUCUUUUAAAUGUGUUUGGGGAGGUUGAGUAUUGAUUAUUGAUCUGUAACAGUUGUCCACUGUUCUCUGUAAUAAUAUGAAACAACAACAAAUAAACUAGAAAACAAACGUGA